UGUUUUACGGAGAGUAAUCACAUUAUUGAUGUGUAACUUCAUACGUUCGUUAUUCAGAAAAGGUUGUGAAGAAAUGAGUAAUAGUGCGUCGGUGUCUCACUUAUCACAUCAAAGAUCAGAAUUCGAGCAACAAAAGAAUCUUGAAGCUAACUCGAGAAUACCUAAAUGUGCCCGAUGCAGAAACCAUGGAGUAGAUUACGAGCUUAAGGGUCAUAAAGAAAAAUGCAAGUUUAAAGAUUGCGUCUGUCGGUCCUGUUUAGUUGUGUUAGAGAGACAAAAAGUGACUGCUGCUAGAGUUGCCCACCUGCGUCACCAAAGAAAGGUGGCAGAAAGAAAAGGAUUAUCAAAUUAUCACGAUUUCAAUGCUCUAACAGAAGAAGAAGAGUAUGUACUUAGUCAAAAUUAUGAUACAAGAAAUGAAGAAAAGCGAACUUACGUGCGCGAGAAAAAGCAAUACAAUCACGAUAGUUACGACCAAAUAAGCAUAAUUGAAAAACAAAAAAAAUACGAAGAUCAAAACUCAAAAAGAGAUACGGAGGAUACCCCAAGUAGAGACUUUGAAAAAAGUUCAGGUCGGGAAACAGAGGGAAACUCAAACAAAGACUUUGAAGAAAGAUUUUAUCGGCCUGAAGAAACAACGAGAUCUUUAUCGUCUUUACAUUCUUCUAGUAAUACAGUGAACUUAUUUAGAAAAGCGCACAAUGCAUAUUCUAGUUUCUACGAAAGAAAACACAACCAUUAUAGAGAACAUUCUCCUUAUUAUGAUUAUAGACACAGAGAUUAUUCUCGUCCAAUCUCACCAAAUGUUUGCAAUGAAAAAACGCAAAGUACCAAUAGAAAAUAUUUUGAACAUUACAAAGAUAAGCCUACAACGGAACCAUAUUCAUCAUAUAUUGACCUAGAUAAAAAAUACAAUCAAUAUAACCAAUCAACUAAUUCUCGUUUAAAUAUUCCAUCAACACUAAUUAAUCAAAUUUUAUAUUCUGACAUUAAGGUUCGGCCACGACAAUACGAGAGUAAAAGUUUAAGAGUGCUAUACGUUAUGUUUCCUGAGAUCGAUGAAGAUACUAUCAGAGAAGUACUUCGUAAGUGCGAAUACGAUAUUCAAAACGCAGUUGAUCAUCUUCUUAGAAAUCAUCGAAUUCAAGCAACCUCCAACGAGUUUCAACAUAGUUUGUCUAAAAACAAUAACGCAUUUAACAAGUAUUUUUCGACUCCCCGUCCAGAAGUAAAAGAGGUGCGAAAUCAGUUACUAGAUAAAUAAAAUGAAUUUUAUGUAGUAUAAAAAUGUAUUUAAAGAUAAUUUUAAAUUUUUUUAUAAAAAGCAUUUUAAAAAUCAAAUCUAAACAUUUUAUAGCCCAAAGUUUUUACUGUGGCUUUUUUAAUUAGGGUAGCACUAUUUUUCUUUAUCAAAAUAACAACAUUGGUCAUUGACCAAAAGUUCUUCAGUGGUUAAAUUU